AUGUCAUGGCUACAACCAACUCACCACGUGUCUUCUGGCUCCAUGUUGGACCUAGUGAAUCGGCCGACGCCGGUGGUCGACUCGUUGCCCGAAGCACCGCCUCCUCUGCCCGAACUGCUCGCUGGUCCAGCCCCCCCACCGGCCGUCAGGAAGCGCGAGGUGGGACAAUUGAUCGUCGUGGUGCUGCGAGGUAUGUGUUGAAUUCGGAAGGACCAACUGCUGCGAUAGUGGAUCGGAAUAUACGAGAGCUCACGUGUCUGGCUCGCUCUCGGUGACGGCGAUGAUCUUGGGGCUUGCAUCAGCACAACACCUCGAUGAAACGGUCAAGGUGCGGUCUCGAGUGCCUCGUCCGUGCCACAUGAUCGUUUCACUGACGAUUCCCACCACGUCACGCUGCUGCAGUCCCCACUUUGUACGGUCGAAUUAACCGAGUCGCCGGGUGGGGUAGAGUCGACCCGAGUCGAUCCAAGGGACCCGCAGAAUCCAGGUCAGUGCGUCUUAGUCUAGGCGCUCAAAUUAUACGCUUGAGCUCAUAGUCUACCGAUGGCUACCUAGUCUGGGACGAAGAGUUUCGCUUCGUUGUGCAUGCCGCCGAGACGACAAAGGCACCGACCGAGCCUCUCUUGGUCAAGAUCCGUGAUGAAACAUCCGGUCGAGCCGGCGACGAUCAACUCGUAGGACAGGGACAGGGACAGGUUGUCGAUAGUAAAACUUGGGUCCGGAAUAAGGAUACGGGUACCUACGAGUUCGAUGGUACGUUCGGUGCCUGCCCUGUCGAUCCGGGCGCUCGGGGGCCGGAGCUGCAGAAUUUGCGCCGCUGCGAGUAAGGGCACAAGUUGAACUAAACGAAACCCUAUACUUCGCAGACUGGGUCCAGCUCCAGAGGGACGGAAAAUUUGCGGGAGAGGUAUUCCUAGAGAUGGUACGCCCAAGGUAUAGCAUCUGGAAGCGUCAGACUAGAGAACAUGCUGACGCUGACCGACUCUCGACUAACCUCCGUAGACUUUCUACCCAGCAAUUUAUCGUCCAGUGAGCAGAUGAGGGCCCACAUUUCAUCACGAGAGGGGUACUGAUGAACUCGCUCCUAUUUCACAGAACUCCAAGUCGAUGACUGGGCCCUCAACACGACCUACUUCGACGAUCACUGCUCCGUCACCUGCGCCGACGAAUCUUUCCUUCCUGCAGCGGCGGCCCUCAAGGCUCGACCCGAGCACACGACUACAACCUGGACAAUUGGCUACCCACUCAAUGCUGCAACGACCGGCAGGACGCUUUGAACCCGUUCCAAGACCUUCCAAGUAUGCGCAGCCGGAAGCUGUCCAGCAUUUGGACCCUCCACAAGCCAUUACCUUCAACCGCCCCUCCAAUGCGACUGAAGAUGCGACUUCGGCCAUGACCUUCUCCAGUGCGCCAGAGUCCCGUCCAUUACCUACUCGGAACAACUUUCCUCCGAGCCUCGUGCCUGCCUCGAGGCCUCCGUCUCACUCGCCAUCGGGGCCAGUAUCUGGGUCCUAUGCGCAGCAUCCCCCUACACUCGUGGGGCAAAUGUCGGCGCUAUCGAUACCUGAACAGCUUCCUUCACAAGAAACGGCAUCAUCUCCCAGUCGUCGGCCAUUGCCCAGUCCGCCGGGCGCAAGUCUAGUUGCGUAUCCACAACGACAAUCUUACGGCGCUGGAGCAGUAUGCACCGAGGUAGGCGUCCAGCAGCCGCCUCCUCCUUCCCAACAUCCGCAGUCAUCGCCAAGACUGGAGAACAUAGGGACCGUCGUUUCCAAUCAUCUGCUCCAAUAUCCCCAACCUAAUCCUGGUCUGCAGCAGCUGAUACCACCGUACCAGCAUGCCCACCAAGUCCAACAUCAUCAAUCCCACCAAAUCCUCCCACAACCACAACCGCAUCAGCAACCACAACAACAGCAGCAGCAAAUGGACCCACAAGAGUAUCGUCGAGCCAUUCAACAGCAACAUCAACAAUUCCACCGAGAAGACUUGCAGCAGUACCAACACAUGUAUCAGCCCUCCUAUCCCGCCGCUUCCGAUCAACCCAAUCGUUCUCAAUACGACCCUCAACCACCGCGGCGGGUCCCUGAACAGUCCUUUACUCAUCGCAACUCUGAUGGACACUCGCCAUCACACCUUGCCUCGUCGCCGCGGAUUGACACCACGCAGUCGCGCAGCUCUCCAAGCCCCAGCAUUUCGCCCGGAGACUUUUCGUCCGAGCCUCCACCUCGACCACCGAAAACGCCGUAUAAUGCGCCGAUUCCUGUCGUAUCAGCAUCACCAGCCGUAUCUCCAGAGCUCAUUGCGCCCCCACCUCGACAUGGCUCGCUCCCGCUCGGCUCGGCGUCGACUUCAACCUCGCGGAUGUCGUCCUUGGAGCUGAGCCCGAACGUGGAAGCAGGAACGCCCAAAUCGAAGGACAAGGGCAAGCAGAGAGCCGAGCCUGUACCCUCGCCUUCGUCACCGAGUCUAUCACCAUCACUCAAGACACUCACCCAGUCGUCGUAUCUUCCGUCCUCUUCAUCGGCAUCGACGUCCUUGGGAGCUGGUUCGUCGGCGAAACCUUCCGCGACCAAAUCGAAUUCGGUCGAUCCCGUCAUGCUCGCCGAUCAAGCUCGAUCGUUGUUCCGCUUCCAACAGGAACAGGAAGACGCUCGGCUCGCCGCUUCACUCGCUGAAGAAGCUGGAGCUGCGGAAGAUCAGGUGCGAAUCCAGAAGGCGAGGGAGGAUGAGGAGGUGGUGAGGAAGCUGUUGGAAGAGGAGGAGAAGAUGAAAGUCGAGGAAGAGAAGAGGAACGAGCUGAUGGCAAGGCAGUGGGAGGAAAGGGAAAAGGAAGAGAAGGAAGAACGUGAGAGAAAGGAUGAAGAACUAGCGAUCAAGUUGGCGGCUUCACGGGAAGAUUGA